CUUCGGGACUUUGCUUAUUUUACGUCAUAACCUGACAAUUUCCUUAUGAGACGGUCGAAUCGAUAUUUUGUUAAUGGAUGAUUUGUAUAUUUCUUUAUUUGUCUACAUUGCAUUUCGUUUUUAAACAUUUUGAAAAAGCUAAUGUCUUUAUUUAAAGCGAGGGAUUGGUGGACUACUAAUUGCGGUAACGAAGAUUUCGAUAAAGGUUGUUUAUGUGUAGCUAAUAUCGAUAAUAAUAACGAUCAAAAUGACAAAAUUAUUGUGGGAAGUCACAAUGGAACUUUACGUGUUUAUCAACCGCAUCCAGAAAAACAAGAGAAUGGAAAGCUGAGUUGUUUUCAACCGGAUGAGUUAUUAUUAGAGAGACAGCUUAAUUUUCCUAUUAUUGAUCUAGCCGCUGGGCGUUUUACAAGUGCCUCUGAAGAAACUCAUUUAGCCGUAUUGCACCCUAGAAAAUUAUCUGUUUAUGCAGUAACCAUAACACCUGGUGCUGUUGAUCAUGGUACGUAUUAUCAUUUGUCCCUUCUAUAUGAACAUAAAUUACAAAGAAGUGCUUAUUGCUUGGUUAUUGGUCCAUUUGGAGAAGUUAAGGGGAAGGAUUUCAUGUGUGUUCAGUCUCUUGAUGGUACGCUUACUUUUUUCGAACAGGAGAGUUUUGCAUUUAGUCGUUUUCUACCUGGAUUUCUUUUACCUGGACCGUUGAAGUAUCUGUCAAAGACAGAUUCAUUUGUCACGGUCUCUGCCGGAUGGAAUCUGGAGAGUUACAGAUUUCAAAUAUUAGCGGUAGCGAAAGAUGCGACUGAAGAAUCUGAGAAUAUUACUUAUGGAAAGAGAGUUAUGGCAGAUUGGACAUUUAGUCUCGGUGAAGCUGCAUUGGAUAUAGCCAUUAUCGAGUUCAAGACUGCUCCGUCCAUAAUAUUAGUUUUGGGUGAAAGAAGUAUAUUUGCCUUCAAACAAAAUGGAGUAUUAAAAUAUAUAAAAAAAUUAGAUUAUAAUCCAUGUUGUCUUUUAGCUUAUCAAGGUGCUAUUGAAUCAACUGUAAUGAUGUUGAUUGCAACAUAUCAGUUUACUUUAUUGAUUUAUCAAGAUAUGAAUCUUCGUUGGGCUGCACAAUUGCCUUUUAAUCCUGUAUCAAUUUGUAGAGGAACUAUUUCAAACAUACCUGGUAUGAUGAUAAUUUUAUCUGAUUCUGGGGAACUUGCCUGUUGUUAUUUGGGAACUGAACCGUCAUUGUUCAUUGUUCCAGUUUUGGAGUCGAGAGAAAUUGAUUUCAUGAAGGCUGAGCAGGAAAUGCAUGAAUUAAGAAAAAUUAUAAAAGCAACAAAUAAUGCUCUGCCAGGAAAUAAAAGGAUGGAAAGUGAAUUGUCAAUUGUUAUUGUUAUUCCACCACAUUUAGAUACAGUUACACCUAAUGAAAGUUUUGUAUUAUCUGAUGAUGGGGAACCAGUUCCGUCCAUUACUGCUAAAAUACAAUUGAAAACAACUAUACCUGUUCAAGAUGUAAGACUGAUUGUAAAUAUUCAACAACCAUUAGUUUUAUCUCAGAGUGAAUUUACAUUUAGCACUAUAUCUGAGUAUUCACAAGUGAUGGUGUCUAUCCAAAUGAAAGCACCAUUUAUUCCGUCCAGUCUGAAAUUACAUGCCUUAGCUGUUUAUACAAACAGUAGUGGAGCUCCAAGAAUAACUGAAAGUAUAGUUGCAUUACCUCUUCAGUUAGUUGCAAAAGUUGCUGUGCCAAUGAAAACUGCAUCGUAUAAAGUUACUAUUGAUACAAAUAAACAGACAGUUUCUUUACAUGAGUUAUUUGCUGAAUUUUCUGAUCCACCUUCAACAGUUGGAAAUGUAAUAGGAUUUGAAUUUCAUGGAGGACAACAAGUGUCUAUUCUUGCCUCAAAAACAUCACAACGAUACAGAAUUCAAAGUGAUUAUUUUGCUGCUUUAUGGCUUUUCACUUCAGAAUUAAUUCAAAGACUUUCUACAUAUUUCAAACAUGAAUAUGGUACUAGCAAUGGCAUUAAAUUUUCUUACACUUCAAGUAUUCCUUUAUCAGAUUAUUUUGAGAUUAUAGAAAAGCAUUUUGAAUGUCGAAUGAAAUUAAUGCAAUUGGAAGAAUUAUUGGGUCAGAGAACAGCACAGUUUAGAGUUGUCCAAAAACGUUUACUUACAAAAAUGAAAGAUAAGACUCCGACACCUUUAAAUAAUUUGGAUUCUCUUUUAGAAGCAACUCAUAGACAGAUAAUAACCUUGACAGAGUCUAUAGAAGAAUUUACUCAAGAACUUGAAAGUUGUUGUUGUACUUUAAAUUCUGCUACACUGUUAAUUACAUUAUUAAUUAAAUUAACAACAAAUAUGACAGAUGAUGAAUAUUCAGUUUUGCAGUCUGUAUUUUUUCCUUUUUCUGAUGUUGACUCUCACAAAGAAUGGGAAGAAACAGUCAAUGCAGCUAUUACACAUAUGCUUGCAACUUAUUUAAUACAGUCAGGAAAGGAGUCAUCUACAGUAUCAGCUGAGAAACUAGAAAUAAUGAAAGAUAUAAAUAAAUUUAAAAAACAUAUAACUGUUAUUGUGGAUAGAAUUUUAAAGGGUGCAAGAUUCAAUGAAUCAGAAAAAAGUUCAACUGACAAUAAGAAAUAUAAUAAACAAGAAACUGUGGAUUCACAAAUCAUAGAAGAAGAAACGUCUGUUCCAAUAGGAAGUAGAUUUGCAGAGAGAAGUGAUAAAUUUGAUGGAAGAGCACCUAGAAUUUCUGCACAAAAUUCAUUAUCUCCACUAAAAGAAGUGGAAAGCAAAGAAUCAUUGUCAAAAUCUGAAUCUAACAUAUCUAAUUUAGAUGAUUUAAUUGAAGAAAAUGUUUCUAAAGAUGAUAUUGCUUUUUUUUAAAAUUCUAAGAAAUUUUCAUUUUUUAUCCUGUA